AUGGAAUACAUUACUGUCACUGAAGAUAGAAAGAAGAAGAAUUAUGAGGUCACUUUAGAUCCAAUGACUUUUGAUGCCAUAUGUUCAUGUUCACUAUUCGAGAGGGUUGGAUUGAUAUGUAGGCAUGUUCUUUGGGUUUACAAGGCCAAACAUUUGAAUAAGUUGCCCGAUAAAUAUAUCCUCACUCGAUGGACGAAGGAAGCACACAAAAGUCAUAUUCAUGAGUUUGAUGAAAAUUUUCCUAAAGAUUGUGGAAAGGUAGAAAUGAAGCAGAUAAAAUUAGGUGAAUUGUGGAAUGAAAUAUAUACAACCAUUGGUCUCGUUGAAGAAAGGGAUGAGGAUAUUGAUGCUCUAAUUGAAAAUCUAAGAGGCUUCAAGAAAUCCAUUAAAUCGGGUGAGGAUAAUACGUCAAUGACAAAAGACCAAGUCAUUCAAGAAUUGAUAGGAUGUAGUGCUCCAACGAGGUAA